AUGUCCACCGAAGGCCUCGGCGUCGGAGUGACACCAGCACACGAGCAAGCUGGCCACGCCGCAGCAGCUGCGCAACGACCACAACAGCCGCAGCCGCAGCAGCAGCAGCAGCAGCAGCAGCAACAACAACAUGACUCCUCCCGGUCGUCCAAGCACACGCUUCCGGCAUUCCUGCAUUCACCGUCCGAUAGCAACAAUGCGCCCAAGUCUGAGGAGAGCAGCGACUCGGAGCUCAGCGACCUCGACGAGGAGCCUGUCCUCCCCGAUGCCCCCGUGGAUUCCACGACCAAGAAGGAAUACCAGAGCUCGAACGAAUCGCCUGCGCCAAAAUCGGGGCCAGACUCGGAGCCGGAAGAGGACAUUGGAGAGGUCCUUCCCGACCAUUGGUCCGGUGCUGUCGCUGUCUUCAAACCCACCAUGCAUCAAUUCAAGGACUUUACCAAAUUUAUGAACAAGGUCAACAGCUAUGGCAUGAAGUCUGGCAUCAUCAAAAUCAUUCCGCCCAAGGAAUGGCUCGACAAGCAGCCACCCCUCAACGACCUCGUUAAGCGCGUCCGCGUCCGUGAACCGAUCAAGCAAGACAUCAUGGGCUCCAAUGGAACAUACAGACAGGUCAACAUCCUCCACGGCCGCUCGUACAACGUACCCCAGUGGAGGCAGCUUUGCGACCAGAGCGAGCACCAGCCGCCGGCCCGCCGCGGUGAGCGGCGAGCAAACGCCGAUAAGCCCAAGGCGACACGACGCCAAGCUGACCCGAGACCGUCCGCAGAGGCCUCCGUGCCCAGGACGCGUGGCAACGGACGAGGCAACGGACGAGGAAGGAGGGGUAGGGGCAGGCCGGCAAAGAGAGGGGUGGCCCGGGAGGAGCGGCCCAUGACACCCGUCUCGCCAAAGCCCGAGUCAAAUGAUACGCCUGUGGAUUCGGUCGAAGCCGACGGCGCUAAUGCCGAGGAGCCAUCGUCAGCUACCGCUGCUUCCGGCCGAAGAGGCCGUCAACGCCAGUCAAGGGGCGGAGGCGCCCAGUCUGUAUCGGCCCGCCGUAAGUACAGUCGCCGAGAAGGGUCGGCCAUGAUCGAUGAGGAUGCCUUCAAGGACUUCGACUACCACAUGGACAUCUCCGACUUCACGCCCGAGAGGUGCGAGGAGCUGGAGCGGGCGUACUGGAAGACGCUGACGUACGCGGCCCCGCUGUACGGCGCUGACAUGAUGGGCUCCCUGUUCGACGACCGGACCGAGUCGUGGAAUUUGGGCAAGCUGCCCAACAUCCUCGACGUCCUCGGAACCAAGAUCCCCGGCGUCAACUGCGCCUACCUGUACUUUGGCAUGUGGAAGGCCACCUUCGCCUGGCACCUCGAGGACGUGGACCUGUACAGCAUUAACUAUGUCCACUUUGGCGCCCCCAAGCAGUGGUACAGCAUUUCGCAGGCCGAUGCGCGCCGUUUUGAGGCCGCGAUGAAAAACAUCUGGCCCGCCGACGCCAAGGCAUGCAGCCAGUUUCUGCGCCACAAGGGAUUUCUCAUCUCCCCCCAGCACUUGCUGCAGCACUACGGCAUCGAGGUCAACAAGGUCGUCUCGUAUCCCGGCGAGUUCGUCGUCACCUUCCCCUACGGCUACCACUCCGGCUACAACCUGGGUUACAAUUGCGCCGAGGCCGUCAACUUUGCUCUCGAGCCCUGGCUAGAGAUGGGCAAGAUUGCCAAGCGCUGCGAGUGCGCACAGGCCCAGGACAGCGUCUGGAUCAACGUCUGGGAGAUUGAACGCAAGCUCCGUGGCGAGGAGACUGAAUACGAAGAAACCGACGAAGAGGAGGACGACGAAGAUGACGACGAAGACGAAACAGAGGAACACCAAUGCCUGCCGUCACCACCAUCCGGAAACGAAGCCAAGGCCAAGGCCAGCACUGCCGGCCGCAAGAGGAAGCGCGCUGCCGCCGAUGAUGGCAGCGACAAGAAGCCCAAGAAGACUAGGGUCAAGAAGAUCAAGCUGCGCCUCAAGAGCCGUGCUGAGCCACCCUGCUGUCUGUGCCCCAACGACAUUGAGUCGAUGGAGGUGUUGCCGACUGACGACGGCCGCAAGGCUCACCGCAUAUGCGCCCUGUACUUGCCCGAGACAUACAUUGAUGUCGUUCAGGGUAAAGAGAUCGUCUCCAACGUCGCAGGAGUGCACAAGGACCGCGCGGACCUCAAAUGCCUCUUCUGCCGCUCUAAGCGCGGCGCAUGCUUCCAGUGCUCCCAGAAGAAGUGCGCCCGCGCAUACCACGCCACCUGUGCGGCGGCGGCGGGUGUCUUCGUCGAGGAGGGCGAGGUGCCUGUGUUUGGCGAGGACUCGACAGAGUAUAAGGAGCAAGCCUUCGAGUUCAGCUGCCGUUUCCAUCGUACCAAGCGAGACAGGAAGCUGGACGGUGCCGUGCUGGAGGAUGACGAACGUAUCCGCAAGGCUGCCGCGGCGCUGACCAAAGGCGACGUCUGUCAGGUGCAGUACUACCGCGGGGAGAUUUUUGCCGGUACCGUGGUUGAGAAUCGCACGGACGAGGAGACGCUCUUGGUUGACGUCUUGCCACAUGGUGACCGCGUCGAGGCCGAAUGGAAGUGGCUCCUCCUCCCAGACCCAUCGGACUACCACCUCCCCAAGGCAUCGGCCAACGCCAUUCCCAUGCCUGCGUCGCGCAAAGCCAAAGACGAGCUCAAUGCCAAGCGUCCCAGCGACGAGAAGCCCCGCAAGGACGACUACUUCGUCGACGGGGGCUACACGUGGGCCGAGUUCAACCUGUCUGAGGCGGACCGCAACCCGAACCAGGCCAAGGUCCGUCUGGUCAAGGAGCACGACGGCGACGGCAACGACAAUGACGACGACAAACCUCAAAUGUGGUUCUACCUCCCCAAGACGUCGACAGACGCAAAGGCCCAGUACACAGAAGAUCCGUCCAAGCCACGACACAACCCCCAAAGCAACUACCUCGACACGCUGCCGAAGCCAGCCAAGCCGCCCAGACCACCGAAGCCGCCCAGACCGCCCACGGCUGCUCUACCGCCGCCGCCACCCCUGCCGGGCAACUACAUGUCUCAAUACACUACGUUUGAUAGCCAGACUAGUCAUUCUACGUCCGCAGCACCGCCCAGAGAAUCUCCUGUACCGCUGCCGGCCAACUUCCUGGCAGCCAUGAGCAGCUCGACUCCCACCACGCAGAGUGCCACUCAGGUUCCUGCGCAGCAACGGACCGCGCCGAACUGCCAAACUGUCGUCGAGUCCAACACGCCCGUACCUGUGCCCAAGUCCCCGGUCUCGACCCCGCACCAAGCAGCUGCAGCCAAGAUGACGGGAUCGGCACAUCAGCAGGGCAACGGCAGUCCUUCUGGUACGGCCACACACGAAUUCCCCGAUGUUCCUGGGCGUGAAUCAAUGGAAUUUAUGGAAAAGAUGAUGGCAAACCUGCGUCGAGUUGUGGGAGGUAACCAAGCUUAA